GCCAUCUCCAACCUCACGAUACUCAUCUCGUCAAAUCAUCCAAAAAUCAGAGCAAAAAUGACCUAUUCACUCUUCAUCGGCAAUAAGCGCUACUCGUCUUGGUCAAUGCGACCCUGGGUUCUUCUCAAAGCCCUCGACAUCCCCUUCGACGAGAAGCUCAACCUCUUCAAACCUGGUCGUCGUCAACCCGACUUCCUCGCCUUUUCACCAACAGGAAAAGUCCCCUGUCUUCAUGAUGGAGAAACUUCAAUUGUUGUUUGGGACUCGUUAGCUAUCUGCGAGUACAUCGCGGAGAAAUACCCCGCUGCUUGGCCGACUGACGCAGCAGCACGUGCUUUUGCUCGUAGCGCCGCUGCGGAAAUGCACUCUAGCUUUGACGCCAUUCGCGAUGAGUGCUCUAUGAACGUUGGGUUAAGAAUUGAGCUUGGAACACCGAGUGAGGCGCUCCAGAAGGAUAUCAACCGCUUCAAUGAGCUUUUUAAAGAGGGGCUGGAUAAGUUUGGUGGACCGUGGUUGGCGGGUGAUAAAUUCACGAUCGUGGAUGCUAUGUAUGCUCCUGUCGCUUCGAGGGUCAAGACUUUUGGUAUUGAGCUGGAUGGUGCGGCGAAGGAGUAUUCUGAUCGGUUGUUUGAGCAUGAGGCUGUGCAGGCGUGGAUUCAGGGCGGUAUUGAGGAGACGAGUAGAGAGCCUGGCCACGAGGAUGAUUGUGUGAGAGGUCGAAAGAUUCUGAAGGACUUGACCAAGGAGUAAGGAAUUAAUGAUGCCUUGUAAAAGUACAGUUGGCUAUGGGAAUGGCUAUAUAAGAAAGAUACAAGAUAACCAAGGGCGUUUGGGAAUAUGAUUGACUCAAUAAUUGCCCUGUCCCAGUGUUUAGUUUUCCCUAGAGGAAGUUCCCGCGAAGCUCAGAUAUGCCACCUGAGUAAGAAUGCGAAACUUCUUUCCCCAG